AUGGAUAAUGAUUACGGGGAUGAUGCUGUCUUCAACCAGCUCCUCCAAGAUGAAAAGACAGCGAACAACCCUGCUCCGGCUACCACUGACUCCAGACAACAACCACCUGCAGCGCGCCCAGCCAAGGUCGAGCAGCCCAAGCCGCAAGCUCUUCCUAGUAGGACAUCACCGUCCGCGAUCUUAGUCUCUGCACGGCAGAAGGGCAAUCCGAUUCUCAAUUAUGUCAAGCUUGUACCCUGGGAAUACGCCGAUAUUCCCGCAGACUACGUGCUUGGGAGCACCACUUGUGCUCUGUUCUUGUCGUUGAAGUAUCAUCGACUGCAUCCGGAAUACAUCUAUUCGCGGAUCAGGCUUCUUGCCGGGAAAUACAAUCUUCGUAUCCUUCUGAUCAUGGUAGAUAUACCCGAUCAUGAAGACAGCCUGAAGGAGCUCUCGAAGACUUCCAUUGUGAAUAAUUUAACCCUGAUUCUGUGCUGGUCUGCGCCUGAAGCUGCCCAUUAUUUGGAGCUUUUCAAGUCAUCGGAGAAUGCGCCGCCGACUGCGAUCCGCUCCCAGCAGGCUCAGUCGUACAAGGAGAGCUUGGUUGAGUUUGUGACAGCGCCCCGGAGUAUCAACAAGUCCGAUGCCGCGAGCUUGAUAUCUACCUUUGGAAGUCUCCAAGCUGCCAUAAAUGCCCAGCCCGAGCAAAUUAGCUCCGUGCCCGGCUGGGGUGAGAAAAAAGUGCGACAAUGGUGCAGCGCAGUUCGAGAAGACUUUAGGGUAGAAACGGCCAAGAGACGGACGGCACCUGAUCGAAGACCGGGUCCAUCCACGCAGGCUGCUGCUGAGAAGGAUGAAGAAGAGGCGAUGUUACUUGCCGCCGCUGAAGAAGAAAGUCGAUUACAAUCAGAAAAAGAAAGUGCAUCAAAACCUACGCCAAACCAGAACAAUGACCAAGAAGGCAUGAGUGAAGGGAUCAUGGCUGCGCUAGCAAAACUCAGGGAGCAAGAGGGAUGA